AUGUCCAAAGCAUUUUCCUUAGAAGCUAUUGUUCGUCCCAAUAUACUCGCGCUGAAACCAUACCGAUGUGCAAGAGAUGACUAUAGUUCGGGAAUCCUUCUUGACGCCAAUGAAAAUUCCUUCGGCUCGGUACUCGAGGUUGGCGAGCCGCGUUCUUCGCAAGACCUUCACAGGUACCCUGACCCAAACCAAGUUCCUAUAAAGGAGAGACUUGUCUCCUUUCGUGGUUUGCCGUCCAUUGACUACUUUUUCCUAGGGGUAGGUUCCGACGAAAUCAUAGAUUUGGUCAUCAGGAUUUUCUGCGUUCCCGGAAAAGAUAAAAUCUUAAUUACCCCACCCACCUAUGGAAUGUAUUCGGUAUGUGCGAAUAUUAAUGACGUUAGCAUAGUGAAAGUGAAUUUGGAUGUAGAAGAUGGGAGGUUUCAGUUGAAAACUGACGAGAUAUCAAAAGCAUUAUCAGAAAACCCAUCGAUUAAGAUCAUUUUUCUCUGUUCACCUGGAAACCCAACAGGCACGGCCUUGUCCCACAACGAUAUCAAGGCGAUCCUAGAAGAUCCUAAUCUCAAUGGCGUAGUGGUGGUGGAUGAGGCAUAUAUCGAUUUCAUGGACGAAGGGAGAAACGCAAGUGUGGCAAAGUGGGCGGAACGGUAUCCAAAUAUAAUAGUCAUGCAAACUUUGAGCAAGAGUUUUGGGUUGGCCGGAGUUAGACUUGGCAUUGGCAUAUCCAAUCCCGAAAUUAUUCAAUUAAUGAAUAACACAAAAGCACCCUAUAAUGUCAAUUCGUUGACUUCUUCGAUCGCGCUUGAUGCCUUGUCCCCAAAGAAUAUUGAAAAGAUGCGUUCCACUACUCAACAAAUUCAAGUCGAGAAAACCAAAUUAAUGUCUUCUAUUGUGCGUCUUCGUGGAAUCGGCAAGAUCAUUGGUGCAAACGACGCCAACUUCAUUCUCGUACAAAUUUUGGACGAGACUUGCGAAAAGCCGGACCGUGAGCGAGCUCAAUCGGUUUAUAAAAAACUGGCAGAAUAUCAUGGGGUUGUGGUUAGAUAUCGAGGUAGUGAAUUCGGAUGUGAAGGGUGUCUAAGGAUCACUGUUGGAACACCACAAGAGAAUGACACAUUAAUAGAAAAGUUGGGUGUUGCUUUGGAAAUAAAAUAA